AUGCAUUGGCUGUGGAAAAUCCCAAGACUUUGCAUCCCCUGGGGUACUGAAAUGUCCUGCCGUACUUUCCAUAUUAAUAUCAAAAAAUUAAUGCCCAUACAAUGGGGCCACCAGGAAGCUCCUGCCAAGUUCAACUUCGCUAGUGAUGUGAUAGAUCACUGGGCUGGCAUGGAAAAGGCUGGCAAGAGAUCUUCAGGUCCAGCCCUAUGGUGGAUGAAUGGAAGUGGAGAAGAAAUAAAGUGGAAUUUCAGAGAGCUGAGUGAAAUCAGUAAACAAACAGCCAAUGUUCUCUCCGGAGCCUGUGGCCUGCAGCGUGGGGACCGUGUGGCAGUAGUGCUUCCCCGAGUCCCUGAGUGGUGGCUGGUGACCCUGGGUUGCAUGCGGGCUGGCCUUGUCUUCAUGCCUGGAACCAUCCAAAUGAAAUCCUCAGACAUCCUCUACAGGCUGCAGUCAUCCAAGGCCAGGGCCAUUGUGGCUGGGGAUGAAGUGGCUCAAGAAGUGGAUGCUGUGGCCCCUGACUGCUCUUUUCUGAAAAUCAAGUUGCUGGUGUCUGAAAAAAAUCGAGAAGGAUGGCUAAACUUCAAGGCAUUGCUAAAGGAUGCAUCCACCAUUCAUCAGUGUUUGGAGACAGGAAGCCAAGAAUCAGCUGCCAUCUACUUCACUAGUGGGACCAGUGGCCCUCCCAAGAUGGUGGAACACUCCCAUUGCAGCUUGGGCAUCAAGGCCAAGAUGGAUGCUGGCUGGACAGGCCUGGGUACUUCUGACAUAGUAUGGACCAUCUCAGACACGGGUUGGAUACUGAACAUUUUAGCCUCGUUUCUGGAACCUUGGGUAUUGGGAGCAUGCAUAUUUGUCCAUCUUUUGCCAAAGUUUGAUCCACAAACUGUUCUAAAGGUGCUUUCCAGCUACCCCAUCAAUAGUCUGGUGGGUGCCCCCCUCAUUUACCGGACGUUGCUACAAGAGGAUCUUUCCAGUUACAAGUUCCCACAUCUGCAUAGCUGCUUCAGUGGAGGAGAGACCCUUCUCCCAGAGACUCUGGAGAACUGGAAAGCCAAGACAGGAGUGGAAAUCCGAGAAUUCUAUGGCCAGACAGAAACGGGACUUACCUGCAGAGUUUCUAGGACAAUGAAAGUCAAACCAGACUACCUGGGAACAGCCUUGCCCCAUUAUGAAGUACAGGUUAUAGAUGAGCAGGGCAAUGUCCUUCCCCCUGGCAAGGAAGGAGACAUGGCUGUCAGAGUGAAGCCCAUCCGGCCUAUAGGCAUAUUCUCUGGAUAUGUGGACAAUCCCAAGAAGACACAGGCUAAUAUUCGAGGAGACUUUUGGCUUCUGGGAGACCGGGGAAUCAAGGAUCCAGAAGGGUAUUUCCACUUCAUUGGGCGGACAGACGAUAUCAUUAAUUCCAGUGGGUACCGGAUUGGUCCUUUUGAGGUGGAGAAUGCACUGAUGAAGCAUCCUGCCGUGGUUGAAACAGCUGUGACCAGCAGCCCAGACCCUACCAGAGGAGAGGUGGUGAAGGCAUUUGUGGUCCUAGCCCCUGAGUUCCUGUCCCAUGACAGAGAACAGCUCACCAAGGUGCUUCAGGAGCAUGUGAAGUCAGUGACAGCACCCUACAAGUACCCCAGAAAGGUGGAGUUUGUCUUAGACCUGCCCAAGACUGUCACAGGAAAAAUCGAGCGAGCCAAGCUUCGAGCCAAGGAAUGGAAAGCAUCAGGACAAGCCCGGGCCCAGUGA